AUGUGACGUCCAUUUUUCAUUCGCUUCGCCGUUCCUUCGUCGGGCACGAAAAGUUGUGUGAGGAAAAGCUAAAAACAUUCCAUCGACUCCAUUUCCAAAGUGCAGUUGGGAUUUUGGUUGUGUGCUACGAAAGUUUCAUUUUCCCCGUAGUUGAUUGCAAAAGUAGCUCGCGCUAGUGUGGGUGUGUGUGUGCAUUAGAACCAGAAUAUUUCCGACUCAAUUGUCCAGCAGAGGAGCGAAAAAGAGAAGAAACGAACGAAGGGAGUGGAUAACAAUUUCACAACAAAGGCGGCGGUCAAGUUUUUCCCCGAGUUUGCCGUCUGUAGCAGACACACACGCACGCACGCGCUCGUUCGACAGUGUGUAUUGGGUUGAAAAUUCGUGCGGCAAAGUAAAGCGCAAAAAUGGUCGUCGUCACUAAGCCGGCGCUGAAAAAGGUGGAAAAGUCGAUUCUGCCCUUGGUGCACCCACACCCGGACGCCGCCCCGACCGCUCCGGCCGACGAUGGCAACAAUUCGACCGCCUCGAACAUCAUUCUGCUGCGCCGCGGCCGCCAGCUGAAGCCGGCCACCGCCGCGAUCCUGCUGCUGGUCGCCCUGCUCGGCUUCUCGAUGGGUACGAUCGGCGGCCUGUUCUACUAUCGGCAGUACGCGCAGGCCCGCAACCACAUGCGCUACCACGGCUUCUGCAAGAUCCCGUACGAUGCGAGCAACUUCGAGUCGCUGUACCGCUCGAUGAAUGCCGAUCGCGAUACCGAGCUGCUGCGCCAGUUCCGCAUCUUCGAGAUGCCGCGUGCGCUGAACCAGGACGCCUCCGGCUCGGACGAUUCGCAGUCGAACGAGAACGGCGCCAGCAACAGCGACAACGGCAACAACGCGGACGAGUUCUUCCGCGAGGAGUUUGAGCUGGGCCUGUCCGACGAGGAGAACUACUCGAAGAUCGAUGUGCCGGUGUUCCGCGGCCAGCGGCCGGCCCGCUUCCUGCACGACUUCACCUUCAACCAGUCGGGCAUCAUCGAUAGUGUGGCGCGCCGCUGCUUCAUCAUGCCGCUCGAUCGUGAAACGGUGCUGCCACCGCAGUCGCUGCGCGAUCUGGUGAUGAAGAUGCAGCUCGGCUACUACAACAUCGACACGAGCGUGCUGAAGAAGACGAUGCGCGUGGUGACGCCCGAGCUGACCGACUUUACCGACGUGUCGCCCCGCAUCACCAAGGAGUGCGUGGACAUGAAGAUCUACCAGCUGGAGAAGGUCGUCACUGGUGUGUACAAGCGUUCCACCGACAUUCAGGAGCGUGCCAAGUUUGCCGAGUUCGGCGGUAACCACAUCUCGCUCAUCGACAUCGCCAACCUGGACGAGCUGAACUAGAAUAGUGGUGACGGUGUGGAAGGGAUUGUAUUAUUGUAGGGGGGAGGAUCGCCGCACGGGGAAGGAGGGAAGCAGACACACAAUGAACGACUUUGCGCAAAACGGAACGCAUUUGUGGUGUGUCUGUGGGGGAUGAGCGUUGUUCCUAGUGUGUGUGUGUACGAGCGCGCAGAAGGGAAAUAGAAAAGGAUAGUAUUUUAUGUGUUUUUUUUUUUGUUCAGAAUAUUCAGUAAAUGACACAUUAAUGCAAGUAUUAGUACACACGGCAAAAAGAGCGGGGGAGCGGGCAAGGGUAGGAGAGGAAGCCACAUGGCUCCUACUCUUUGUUUUGCAUGUACUGUGGUGUUUUUUCGGGUGAGAAUGCAAUGCCCCCCCCCGGCGACAGUUUAAAGGGGCAAAUGUUGAAACCAUAUAGAUUACACUCUAAUGGCCUCUAAAGCAACGACUUUUUAUCUGUAUUUCUGUGUGUCUGU